UAAUAAUAAUAAUAAUAAUAAUAAUAAUAAUAAUAAUAAUAAUAAUAUAUACAUACAUACAUACAUACAUAUUAUCAAUAUUCAAUUAGUGGUUACAUCUAGCAAUGGCAACCAACAACAAAUCCAUGUUCCAAGAUUACUUACCUCUAAUGGCGGACAAGUUAGGAGGAGAUGGUAUAAUAGAAGAACUAUGUAACGGGUUUCGGUUACUAAUGGAUCAAGAAAAAGGCGUGAUCACUUUCGAAAGUCUAAAAAAGAAUUCCUCGGUUUUGGGCAUUGAGGAUAUGAGUGAUGAUGAUGUUAUGAGUAUGCUAAAAGAAGGAGAUUAUGAUGGAGAUGGUGCUCUUAGCCAAAUGGAAUUUUGUGUUCUUAUGUUCAGAUUAAGUCCUGAUUUAAUGGACCAAUCUGAAUUUUUGCUGGAAGGGGCACUAGAAAUGGAGCUUAAUCAUGCUUUCUAAUACUGAAAUUGUAAUAAUAAUAUUGUUUGCCAUUUAAUUGCUUGAAAUAUUAUUUGAAAUUGUAUGUAAUACCUAAAUUUUAUUUUUAUCAUUUUUAUGGUGUA